CCUGACGCCAGAAGAGGGCGGGACGUCCUGGCUUCUUUUGGAUCCUUGCCAUAUAUCACCGCAGUUACCUGUCCUAUUUGACACACCUUUCGACCACGACAGUAAAUCCGAAGAGGUGGCACAGUCUAAGUUUUUUUUUCUUCAGCCAUGAGCCACUUUCGGGUGUUGGCCGGUGUCCUGAGGGGCAGCGGGGGUGUUGGCCGCGGCCUGGUGGGGCGCUGGUGUGAUCCCAGGAGAGGCUGCUCCUCCAGGUCCGAGCGCGGCCUGCCGGCGGUGGCCAGCAGCUCCAGCUACGUGGAGGAGAUGUACUUCGCUUGGCUGGAGGACCACAAAAACGUCCACGAGUCUUGGGAUGGGUUUUUCCGCAACAUCCAGGCAUCCAGUCCAUCUGGCGAGGCGGGCGAGAGCCGCCCCUCCGCUCUGCUCCAGGGCCGAGCGCUGUCCCACUCACCAGACGUGGCACAGAAGGUGGUGGAGGACCACCUGGCCGUGCACUCUCUCAUCAGAGCCUACCAGAUUCGUGGUCACCACGUUGCCCAGUUGGACCCACUGGGAAUCCUGGACGCUGACCUGGACUCCUUUGUUCCCUCUGACCUGAUCACCACCAUUGAUAAAUUAGGUUUCUAUGGUCUUGAUGAGUCCGACUUGGACAAGAGCUUCCAGCUGCCGUCCACCAGUUUUAUUGGAGGAGAAGAAACUACUCUUCCUCUUCGAGAAAUCAUCCGCAGACUGGAGACAUCUUACUGUGGACAUAUUGGGAUUGAGUACAUGUUCAUCAACAACGUGAACCAAUCUCAGUGGAUUCGUCAGAAGUUUGAGACCCCGGGAAUUAUCCAGUUCACUUAUGCUGAGAAGAGGACGUUGCUAGCCCGCCUCAUCAGAUCCACACGAUUUGAAGAUUUCCUGGCAAGAAAAUGGUCAUCAGAGAAACGUUUUGGUCUGGAAGGCUGUGAAGUUCUCAUCCCAGCUCUUAAAACCAUCAUUGACACAUCAAGCUCUGCAGGGAUUGACAGUGUCAUCAUGGGGAUGCCACAUCGGGGUCGACUUAAUGUCUUGGCUAAUGUGAUCCGUAAGGACCUUGACCAGAUCUUUUGUCAGUUUGACCCCAAAUUAGAGGCCACUGACGAGGGCUCAGGUGAUGUUAAAUACCACCUUGGUAUGUACCAUGAGAGGAUCAACCGUGAGACGGAGAAGAACAUCCAGUUGUCUCUAAUGGCAAACCCCUCCCACCUGGAGGCAGUGGAUCCAGUGGUUCAGGGGAAAACCAAAGCUGAGCAGUUCUACAGAGGAGACACUCAGGGAAAGAAGGUGAUGUCCAUCUUGAUGCACGGGGAUGCUGCUUUUGCUGGACAAGGAGUUGUGUAUGAGACCUUCCACCUGAGUGAACUUCCCUCCUACAGCACAUACGGUACCAUCCACGUGGUGGUAAACAACCAGAUUGGCUUCACUACAGACCCCCGAGUGGCCCGCUCCUCUCCUUACCCCACCGACGUGGCCCGGGUCGUCAACGCGCCCAUCUUCCACGUGAAUGCUGACGAUCCCGAGGCCGUCAUGUACGUGUGCCAGGUGGCCGCGGAGUGGAGGACGGCCUUCAACAAGGACGUUGUCAUCGACCUGGUUUCUUACAGACGUUUUGGCCACAAUGAGAUGGAUGAGCCCAUGUUCACCCAGCCGCUGAUGUACAAGCAGAUACGUCGGCAGGAGCACGUACUGAAAAAGUACUCUGACAAGCUCAUCACAGAGGGAGUGGUGACACUGCAGGAAUUUGAGGAAGAAGUUGCAAAAUAUGACAAAAUAUGUGAGGAGGCUUUCACCAGCUCCAAGGAUGAAAAGAUCCUCCACAUUCGACACUGGCUUGACUCCCCUUGGCCAGAGUUCUUCACAGCAGAGGGAGAACCAAAGAGCAUGAGCUGCCCCCCAACGGGACUAGACGAGGAUGUUCUGCAGCACAUCGGCGACAGCGCCAGCUCCGUGCCUCUGGAGGACUUUAAGAUCCACCCUGGCGUGUCUCGUAUUCUGCGUGGUCGGGCUCAGCUGAUGAAGAAUCGUCAGAUGGACUGGGCGCUGGGGGAGUACAUGGCUUUUGGCUCUCUCCUCAAAGAAGGCAUACAUGUGCGACUCAGCGGGCAAGAUGUAGAGCGAGGAACCUUCAGUCAUCGCCACCAUGUUCUUCAUGAUCAAGAGGUGGACAGACGUACCUGCAUUCCCAUGAACCUCUUGUGGGCAAACCAAGCUCCUUACACUGUGUGCAACAGCUCCUUAUCAGAGUAUGGAGUUCUCGGUUUUGAGCUUGGCUUUGCCAUGGCGAGCCCAAAUGCUCUGAUCCUGUGGGAAGCCCAGUUUGGAGACUUUAAUAACACCGCCCAGUGCAUCAUUGACCAGUUCAUCAGCUCAGGCCAGGCCAAGUGGGUUCGUAACAAUGGCAUCGUCCUGCUCCUGCCCCAUGGAAUGGAGGGAAUGGGUCCAGAGCAUUCCUCAGCUCGACCCGAACGCUUUCUGCAAAUGAGCAACGAUGACCCGGAUCACUUUCCUGAGUUUCAUGGAGAUUUUGAAGUGCAACAGCUGCAUGAGUGUAACUGGAUUGUGGUCAACUGCUCCACGCCUGCUAACUACUGUCAUGUGCUCAGACGACAGAUUCUGCUGCCAUUCAGAAAACCGUUGAUUAUUUUCACUCCCAAAUCUCUGCUGAGGCUCCCGGAUGCAAGGUCAAGUCUUGAUGACCUUGCCGCAGGCACUACAUUUAAGAGACUGAUUCCUGAUGAGGGCGCUGCUAAUCAGAGCCCAGGUCAAGUGAAGAGGGUCAUCUUCUGCACAGGAAAAGUGUACUAUGAGCUGGCGAGAGAGAGGAAACAGCAAAAAAUGGAGAGAGAUGUUGCCAUCAUCAGACUAGAGCAGAUCUCUCCAUUCCCCUUUGACCUGGUCAGAAGGGAAGCAGAGAAAUUUUCCAACGCUGAGCUUCUCUGGUGUCAAGAAGAGCAUAAGAACAUGGGCUACUACGAUUAUGUUCGACCGCGUUUCCACACAGUGGUAGCCAACAGGAGACCUAUUUGGUAUGUGGGACGAGAUCCGGCAGCCGCACCUGCAACAGGGAACAAGUCCACCCACUUGAAUGAGCUGAAGAGGUUCAUGGACACUGCUUUCAACCUGGAUGCCUUCCAGGGGAGAGACGUGUAGUAGAGAUGUGAAAAUCACUUACACAGUCACAUGAGCAGCUGCCAUAGUGUGAUAGUUGUAAAACAACAAACACAAAAACAAAACUGAGAUUUGUGACAAUCACUGACUUUGAGUAUACUAUAGAUGUUUGCAUAGCUUUUAUACAAAAUAUAAGUGAUUCUUUGUAUUUGUAUAGAAUUUUUCCAGAAGCUGUAAGACGCACAACAGAACUUGAGCACUGAGUGGGAAAUCAUAAAUAUCAAGCACAUAUCAGUAGGUUUAGAGACUCCAUUUCUUUUGCUGUUAGUGAUGGAGUGUUUGUUUAUUGUCACACCCCACUUCAUCAGAAGACGUAUGCCAGCUGGCACUGAGACUCUCAGCCGUUUGUUUGUACUUGGGACAUGAGCUUCCUCCGUGGAAGCUCAGGUACACAAACACGGUGCAGCCUUGGAUGCAAUGGGAGACAUAUUGAUGCCUGAUUGUCACGUUAAAAUCCCCAGGCAUUAACAUGAAAUGAUAGUUACAGUACCACUGUGUUUUGAGAAGCCCCAAAGGAUUAUGCCUCCUGCGUUACUGUACCAUAGCUUACUCUUGAAAUGUUUAUCCAUAAAUACACAAACAUAUUUUUGCAUAUUUAGUGAAAUAAAAAGGAUUAUGUUUGGUACAUUAUUCCAGGAAAAAAUGUUGACAAACACACACACAUCUGUGUGGAUGCUGAAACAUCUGUACAACUUGAUAGAUUUGUACUAAUGACAAAUAAAAGUAUGCAGUGAAACAGGCUGGUGUUUAAU